GGCGCAACACAGAUUUUUAUUUUAGAUUUAAUUUCCAGAAUGCAGAUUUGGCAUGUUGUCAUUAAUCUGAGAAUCCAAACUCAGGCAAUUCAAAGGCAUUAGGAGCGGAAAUGAAACAAGAGAAUUAAUAUGUAAUGCUAAAAACAAAGUAGUGUGCUUUUGAGGCUAUAAUGUGUGAAUGCUGUGUGUUCUUCCAAAAUCAUCACAUAUUUAAUCUUAAUCUGUCUGGAGUAUAGGAAACAAUGUAGUGUAAUAAAGUCUUAAGGUCUUAUUGUGACCCCCUAAGACACGCAGUCCUCACCCUGCAGAGAAAAGUCUGUCCUUGUCCAUAAAUCCUCAGUGUUUUAUCUCCUCACACCUCAUUGACACUUUUUGGGUUGUUGUGUUUUUUUUUGUUUUUUUUUAAAUGACUGCGUGUUCGUCAGCAUGCUCUGCGUCAUUUCCUGCCAUCAGGGUUUUUCUGAGGAGAUUUUGUUUUUGUGGAAGUGGGAUGUCGCCUCAUCAGAGGACACCAGAGAUCGUAUGUGUGUGUGUUCAUGACUGACGAACGCCCCUCGCGGGAGGAAAUCAUCCGCGUACGGCGCCAACCGUCACGUGUCGCUGCAAAUGACAUUCCCCGUGAGUUCAGGCUCAGUGUUUGAGGAUUAUUAUUUCCAUGAGAAUAGUGCAAGACUUUAAAUGUUAUCCCUGGAACAUUCAUUCACUGUAAGACACCACAGAUACUGUUGAUGUGUUUCAAUUGUCCUUCAAAGAUUACAGCAAAUCAUAAUUUCCUGUGUUGAAUUUAACAAUAAGUUAAUCAAGGAUUAAAAGUCCCUCUGAUCACGUUCCUUGCACAGAUUCUUGAGUUGCUUUAUCUCUUGUUGACAUAUUACUUUUAUCUAUUCCUCUCUUGGGCCCUGCUCUUAGGACAAAUGAUGGCUCCUAAUCUGACUUGUGUGCAGUACUUUCCUCUUCCUUUUCCUUUACUUUCCGGCAAUGAGAGAGCGCAGACCCCAGAGAGCACAAUCCACUCUAUUUAACCCUGUCAUGUUGGCUCGCAGACACACAGUCUGUGCUACACUUGCCUCUGCACUGGCAUUUCAUCCCCGAUGAAUAUGAUCUGGCUUUGCAUCGCGUCCGUGCUGUCGAUGGCUUCAGUCGCCUCUGGUCACGACAUCAGAGUGUUUCCAGCAGCCAACCGAAGCAUCGCCGGAGUUUUCCAGGUCAGCUCCUUGAAUGACCUCAGCCAUCCUGAGUACGCCUUCAACGCCUCCGAGGCUCGGACGCUGUGUUCGUCCCUCGGAGUGAGCAUUGCCACAAAAGCACAAGUGCAGGAGGCGCUGAGGAGAGGUUUAGAAACAUGCAGGUUUGGAUGGAUUGAUGAACAUUUAGCCGUCAUCCCCCGAGUCAAGGCACUUUCUAACUGUGGCAAGAGCCAGACCGGCUUGGUGAGCUGGCGAGCUAGUGUGACAAAAAGAUUUGAUGUCUUCUGCUUCAAUGAGACAGACGCAGAGACACAAUUGAAGGAUACGACGACUAACAGCCCCGUGAGCAGCAGAGAUUACACAGGACAAACGGCCUCCACCCAUGCAGCAGCAGCAGCAGAAAGACACUCCCCAUCAUCUUCCUCCCUUCAGCCUUCCUCCUCCUCCUCCUCCUCUGCUAAACCCACAGACACUGAGGCAGAGGCAGCUCGUCACACUGGCAGCACAAAAAGCUCCUCUGGAGGAAAGGCUGUUCUCAUCACCUCCACCUGUGCCCUUCUCCUCACUACAAUAAUCAUCAUUGUCUAUUUUAAGUUGAAAAGGAUCAACACUGAAGGCUUUGACGUGGAGAAGCAGCAGGAGUCCAUCGAGACGGAGGACUGGACGUGUGACAAAAGUGUCAAUAAAACCCCGGAGGACGACAAGAAGACACAAGUGGACGACAGUGACGCAGAAUGACUGUGAAAGGCUUUUAUUUAUGCAUACUGUUCGUUCCUGUGUUGUCUGUUGUUUUAUGUUAUUUACUGAUGCGGUCUAACCACUGGGUGGCGAUGUUUGCUGUACAAUAAUAUUAAAGAAUGAAGACCAUUAUGUGA